AUGAGAACUGUUCGUGGAGCUACGAAUCUAGUAACCAAAGUUUUCCAGAGAUGCAUUUCGUUCAAACCGGCACCUCCACUUCAUGCUAAGGAUUUGAACCAGCUGACUUUGGAAGCGAAAUAUGCCGUUCGUGGAAAGAUUCCCAUUCGUGCCGAUGAACUUCGGUCCAAAUUGGAACAGGAUCCUCAGAGCUUUACGUUUGAUCGUAUAAUUAGUGCUAACAUCGGUAAUCCACAACAGCUAGACCAAAAACCAUUGACGUGGUACCGCCAAGUAUUGUCUAUUCUUCAAUAUCCUAAAUUGCUCGAAGUGGACAACUUCUUCCCCGCAGAUGUUGUUGAGAGGGCUAAGUCGAUUCUCAACAGUGUGGGUUCUGUGGGAGCAUAUUCUCACUCACAAGGUGACCCCCAUAUUCGUGAAUCAGUCGCCGAGUUUAUUUCCAAGCGGGAUGGCUUCAAAUCUAAUCCCGAUAACAUCUUCUUGACCGCCGGUGCGUCAGCGGCUGUAUCUUAUUUACUCGACAUCUUGUCUACGAGUGAAAAAUCGGGAUUUUUGAUUCCAAUUCCUCAGUAUCCGCUUUAUACUGCUACCAUUGCCUUGAAUAAUGCGGUUCCUGUGGGAUACUUUCUUAAUGAAGACCAGAAUUGGGCCACUGAUCCGGCUCAAAUUAGAGACUUGAUUCAACAAAACAAGGAAAAAGGUAUACACAUAAAAGCAUUGGUGGUGAUCAACCCGGGAAAUCCAACCGGUGCCAUACUCUCCAAAGAAGAUAUUUCUGAACUCAUCAAUAUUGCUGCUGAACAUGGCAUCGUUUUGAUUGCCGAUGAAGUGUACCAAAAUAAUGUCUUUGAGAGAGAAUUCAUAUCUGUCAGAAAGGUGCUCUACGAAAUGCGUCAAUCUAAUCCUGAAUUGUACGAAAAUGUUCAAGUUGCUUCUUUACACUCCACUUCUAAAGGUGUUAGUGGUGAGUGUGGUCAAAGAGGAGGAUACAUGGAACUUGUUGGAUUUACCAAGGAAGUUAAAGAUGUCGUUUUCAAGUUGGCUUCCAUCAACUUGUGUUCUGUCGUUUCAGGUCAGGCUUUAGUAGAACUUAUGGUCAAUCCUCCAAAGAAAGGUGACCCAUCUUACGAACUUUACCACAAGGAAACCUCUGGAAUCCACAACGACUUGAGAGAAAGAUCGCAAAAAUUGCAUGCUGCCUUCAACAACAUGGAAGACAUCACUUGUAACAAACCAAUGGGAGCAAUGUAUCUUUUCCCAAAGUUGAACUUUAGCCAAGAGAAGUAUGAAAAGCUUUUUCAAAAAGCUCACGAAAUGGAGCUUACAGUGGAUGAACUUUACUGCACAGCAUUGUUAGAGAAGACUGGAAUUUGCUGCAUUCCAGGAAAUGGCUUUGGACAAGUCCAGGGCACGUAUCACCUCAGAACUACAUUUUUGGCACCAGGAAACGACUGGAUAGAAAAUUGGUCCAAAUUUCAUAAAGAGUUCGUAAAGACUUACAGCCAGUAA